GAGCGGCCUCAGCAUAUUCAAAUGAAGAAGAUUUUAGAGUUGAAAUAAACAGAAAUUGUAUUUUUAGUUUUGUGACUGUGACAUAUUGUUAUUCAUGAUGUUACGUCAGUAGGCCCACUUCCUAAUGAAAAGGGAAACUUUAGUGGAGGUUUUCACAGCCAGUCCCAGACCAUGGAGGACAAUUUGGAGUCACGCACGACGGCCACGGCAGACAGCGGUUCAGACGCGGGCAGCAGUUCGUCGACCCUGGCUUAUGACAAGCAUUUCGUCUGCUCUGCACCCGGGAUGCUCACUUUAAUAGAAGUAGUCUUUGGUCUUCUUGUUUGGAUGUUGAUUGGCGGGACCGAGUACCUGCAGGUGGCUGCCCUGUCCUGGGUCAUGUGUGGAUCCGUGGUGUGUUGGGUGCUGACCGUCUGCCAGCUCCUCGUCUGCCUCACCAGUGUGCACACCCGCUUCCCUCAGCUACCAUGGAACACACUGGUUCUGUGUUUUAAUAGCAUAGCAGCAGCACUGUAUACAAUUGCAGCUUUGGUGGAUGCUGCAUCUAUCACCCAAGCCAUAAGAGGGCGCCACAGCUACAACAGUUGGAUGGCCUCCACGAUUUUUGCCUUCCUUGUGGCUAUAUGCUAUGCAUCCAAUGCAUAUCUAAGUUUCAGAUCCUGGAAGAAUCAGAGAUGACAAACAAAACUAAUGUAAUGGAAGUAACAUACAGUAUCACAUAGAAAGGGUUUCACCUGGUAAGCCUCUUCUGUACUUUUAGAACUUCUUUUCAAUGCAGUACUUUUUUGUAUAUUGUGUGAAAUCAGCCCAUGCUUGUAAGAAUGUGUACACAUAUCACUUACUAUAUGUUCAGAAAUAUUUCCAGAACCACCGUGUUGCAGUUAUGUCCCUAGUUGUGCCAAUUCUAGCGAGUUGUGUCGUUUGGCUCUUAUUACCAGAUUAAAUUCAGUCACAUAUAUGUGGAUGACUUCAGGGCACAUAAUUGGACGACAAACAUUUUCAAAAUAAUUUUCAUGAUUCCCAUGACUUGAUAUAAAUAAAACCUUAUUAACGUGAGCCAUAUUACAUUAACUGGAAAUGUUGUUAUAGAGAUAAUAUUAUUAAUAUUAAAAGAAU